GCUCGUGAUUCCGCGCGUCUUUCGGGACAACAACACAGGCGUGUGGAGAAAUGGCGGCUCUCAAUAAUAUGGAGAAGAAACUGGCAGAGUACAAGUGCGACACCAAUGAGGCCAUCUGCCUCAAGCUGAUGCGCUUUCCAGAUGAUAUUGAAGAUGACGGAACAACCUUUCAUCCAGAGUACAGCCACCAGAUCUUUGGAGAUGAUGAGGUGGCGUUUGGAUACAAAGGUCUUCAGAUACAACUGUAUUACACUGCCGGGAACCUCAGCACGCUCUUCAAAGUGAAAUACUCCUCAAAGGUCACUGAGGCCUUUGACUGUGUGGAGCCGGAUGAUAUUGAUGGAAAGAUCCGGGAAAUCAUUCCUGCUGGGUUCACCUGCAACACGGACGACUUCAUCUCGCUCCUGGAUAAGGAGGCCAAUUUCAGGCCCUUCGGCCCCCUGCUUCACUCGUACACGGUCCACAAUGAGGAGGCGGGAGAAGUCACAUACCAGAUUCAUAAGGUUCGCCGUCUUUUGUGUGCUAAUCGAAAGUUUGUCCCUCCUGGAGAAAGUUUGUGUCAGUGUUCUGUGUGUGUGUGUGUGCGCGUGCGUGCGUCACAGGCCGACCUCACCUGCCCGGGAUUCCGAGAGUACCACGAGCGCCUGCAGACCUUCCUCAUGUGGUACAUAGAGACGGCGAGUUUCAUCGACGCCGACGACGAUCGUUGGGACUUCUUUCUCGUGUUUGAAAAGUACAAUAAAGACGGGGAGACUCUCUACGCGACGGUCGGCUACAUGACGGUGUAUAAUUACUACGUGUACCCGGACAAAACUCGACCACGAGUGAGCCAAAUGUUGAUCCUGCCUCCCUUCCAAGGAGAAGGUCACGGCGCUCAGCUCCUGGAGGCCAUCCAUCGAUUCUACUGCGGCUUCCCCAAAGUUCAAGACAUCACAGCUGAAGACCCCUCUGAGAACUACGUGAAGCUCCGAGACUUUGUGCUGUCCAAACUGUGUCAAGGCCUGCCGUCCUUCGCCGAGGACAAACUUCACCAAGGCCUGUCAGAAGACAUGAUCAAAGAGUCGCAGGAGAAACUCAAAAUCAACAAGAAACACACGCGGCGAGUGUAUGAAAUCCUGCGGCUCCGAGCUACGGACAUGAGCGACGAAGAGAAAGCAAAACAAUACCGUUUGGAGGUGAAGAAGAGGCUGUUUGGACCCUACAGGAAGAACCAGCGGGAACUGGCCAAGAUGAGGAAGUGUUUGCGGCCGGAGGAGCUGGUGUCCCACAUGGGUCAGAUGGACACACAGGUGCAGCACGAGGAGCUGGAGAAGAGCUACCAGCUGGUGGUGGAAGACUACAGGAGGAUCAUUGAGAGGCUGGCGGCGCAUGCCUGAUGAGAUCACGCUCUCCACACACAGGUGGUCCCCCCACAUCUGUACAAAGCCACAUCAACAACAGCUUCAGUUGAGAACUCUCCACGUAACAGAACCCCCAGUUUUAGCUGAAGAGUGUUUACUGUAGCCGAGACGCUGCGGCACAGACUGUUGGUUUGUUUUCCUGCGGAAGUGACACGAGUGAGUCGGUUUGAGUUUACAGUGAGAGCUCCCCCGGUGGUUUUAACACGACGCCUCGCACUUCUUCUCCAUCCUUCUUCAUUUUAAAGCACUUCGUGAGAAAACGUUAAAUGGGGUUUUGUAUCAUGUUCAGAUAGUGAAUUUUGAAUUGUUAAAAAAAAUAAAACCUGAACCUUUCUGUUCA